AUGAUUGAACCUGCAUCUAAAAAAAUUAAACCCACAAUGAUCAUGUAUAUUAGAACUAUUUUACUGGUUGUUAGUUAUUUUCUUAUGGGUGUCGGUGGUGAAAUAGUUGGUUCAACAAUGGGUAUUCUCGCACAUAAUACUCAUGUGACAUUUAAUGGUAUGGCUACAGCAUUAGCAUUACGUAGUAUUGGAAGUUUAUUGGGAAAUGUUUUCUGCGGUAUUUUUCAAAAGAUUACAAAAAGCUAUUCAGAUUUGUUACUCACUGUGGCUUUCAUUUUUCUCGGUCUAAUUGGAGCUAUUACACCAUUUAUCAAAUCUUUCAUGCUAUUGAAUAUUGCAUUUUUUUUUCAUGGUACUGCGGGAAGUUUUGCUUCUAUGGGAGGUACAAGUCUUAUAUUUAAAAUUUGGGGAUCUCGUGCUGGUACUCCAUUGAGCAUGACUCAUUUCGGUUAUGGUUGUGGUGCUAUAUUUAUAAAUCUAUUUGUUCGUCCAUUUUUAAGUAACAAGAAUGUGCAUAGCAAUUUGAAUAUAUCUAAACAAUUUAAUUCUACAUUAUCAAGAUCUGUAUCUAUACCAAUAGAUGCAGAUAUUCGCAUUCCUUAUCUGACUAUUGGUGUUUUAUGUUUUAUAAUUUGUAUCGGACAUUUUAUAUUUUUCAUUCAAGAACAAAAAGAUAAACGAAACAAAACUGAAAUACAACAAGUAAACUAUACACCUGUAACUACAAUUUCUUCAAAAACUGAAACGCAAUAUGAUAAAACCAAAGUAUCUCAAUAUUCUCCAGUCAUUUGUGGUCAUGGUUAUUUUGGAUAUGGUUUAAGUCUAUCAUUAGUUUUUAUCGUCUAUAUGUUUUUUCUUCUUGGAACUGAACAAACAUUUGCAAAAUUUUAUUUUUCUUAUUUGAAAUUUGAUAAAUUUCAUAUUUCAACUGAUGCUGCUAGUUGGGCUACUAUUCUUUUUUGGAUUUCAUUUUCAAGUGGUCGUUUAAUUGGGGCUAUUGCAUGCAUAUUUAUUCCAGUUUCUAUAUGUCUAAGUGGACUUUGGUGUGGAGGUUUACUUCUUGCUAUAAUGUGGAUAACUUAUGUUUGGAUCCUUGGUCUUACUACAACAAGUCUUUUCGUUCUUGGUUCUUUCACUGGAUUGAUUAUUGGACCACUUCUUCCAUUAUCAUUUGCUUGGGUUAAUCAAAAACUUAAUGUAAUUCCAUCACUUCUUGCAGCAUUGCUUUUUGGAUCUGGUGUAGGAUCAUUGACAUUACAAAAGAUUGGCGGUUUCAUAAUGGAUUAUGAUCCAAAUCAUUUUCCAACUAUUAUUAUAACUUGUAUUAUUUUAACUAUAAUGUUAUAUAUGGUUUCAAAUAUUAUUAUAUUCGUACAUCAACGAAACUUAAAGAAUCUGAAGCAUCCAGUUAAUAAUGAUGCAUCCUUAACAAUUGAUAAAGUCGAUGAAGAAGAAAAACAACAAACGACUGACUUAUUACAAGCUGUUAGUGAAAUAUAA